AUGGAUGCCGAAGAUGUCAGAGAAGCGAGGAGACUUGUACGAACCUACAGCCUUGAGGUUUCAGAGCGGUUGUCACCCGACAGCGAUGCGUUCCCUCUGGGUGAAUUGCUGCGACAGAACGUGGAUGGCCUUGAAAGAGAGGAUAUACAAGAUCCAUGGCGGAAGUUCUUUGAGCCAGUUGAGUAUUCCACUACCAGGAGGCGAGUCGACCCCAUCAGCGCUCUCAUCUCAGUCGAGGCAACCCAGCUUCGAGAAAAAUGGGUGACGUUCCAUGAAAGCUGCUCGAAAGAAGACAAACUGGAUUUGAAGAAAUUUGAUCCAAGCAUCGAGGGCGUUGUUGAUUUGGUGCGCGAAUCGAACACUAAAUGGCAGACCAAGAGAAGAAAGGGUGGAGGAGGCAAGUUCAUGUCAACUUUCCAUUCAUUCUGUAACACCCUGGACUCUCACAGCGCGCUUCUGAAAGUCCUCCCUGAAGGAAAUCAAUACGUUUCACUUUUCACUGGAUCACUGAAUGCAAUUAUUCAGGCUAGCGUCAACCAUGAGCGCUUUGCUGAAGGCCUUGCCGAUUCACUGGCCUCCAUCAGUGAGCACAUCACUGAAUGCAAGGCUGAACUGGAGAUCUUUCACACACCUAGGGUGGUGGAGAAGGUAGCCGAUCUGUAUGCGCACGUGUUCCUCUUCCUUUCCAGUGUCAUGGACUUCCUCAUGCGAAAGCGUUUCUCCAAGAUGCUCGACUCCUUCAGCGAGAAUAUCUACAAGAAGUUCGAGGAUGACAUCCAAAAGAUCAACGCCAAAGCUUUGGCAGUCCGCGAUAUUGCUGCUCAGAGCUCCCGAGCCGAAGUCCGUUCUACUCGAGAGCAAUUAGAACUGUUGAAUCGUGACUUCCGGGUGGGUUUACAAGGAGACGCGAGACAUCAGGCCGAGAUGAGGGAUCACGCUGAGUGGAUUCGGAGGGAGCUCCUCAAGGAGAGGCAAGAAUUUUUAGAUGCUGGUCGACAUGUGAAGGAACUCACUGCUCAACUUAACUUUCUGUUAGAGCGACCGGCGACACCGACAAACCUGGCGACACCGACAAACCCGGCAACACCGACAAACUUCGCAACACUUCCGCACCUGGUACUCUUCACGACUCAGCAACCAAGCAUCAUGGCCCAGAUGAAGAAAUACUCCGCAGAGGAGGUUGCCCUGAAUUCGGCGCAUCUCGAGGCAUUUUUUGAUAGGGAGCGAGUGCGCAUGGAACGCUGUCGUUUCAACGCGGCGCGCGUCGCCAUACCAACGUUGUCGCGUCUCGAGAGAUGGUCCACCGGCUCGGCACCACACAUGCUGUGGAUCGAGGGCCUAUUCAACGGCGCUGACCGCGUCUACAACCCCAUGAGUCUUUUGAGCGCCAGUAUUAUCAGCUGUGCAUCACACUCAGGCGUCCCUGUCAUCUCGUACUUUUGCGAACUUCCUGACCAACACCAACUACGACCCGACUCGGAUGAAUCGAAGACGAGGCAAGGACUCAUGGCGUUGGUUUCAGCGCUGCUGCGCCAGAUGGUCGAACACCUCCCGCCUGUGGUCGAGACUGAGAUCGACUUGACCGAAGCGCGAUUUCGACUAAUGGACGGCACAUCUAAGCCCAAGCCCUGGGAUGAUGCCAUGGCCAUGUUUCGCGAGCUGGCCACAUUGAUGCCGGAGAAGGUAUUCUGCGUUAUCGAUGGCCUGAACAGGUUUGACGGGUAUUAUGACAUGAGCACGGAGCCAUGCUUGGCCGAGUUGAUCCAGGUGCUGAGAGACUGCAAUUUUAAAGUCUUGUGGACUACAAGCGGACGAUCGGGCGCUUUGACGGAACAUAUCUCAUUUUCUGAGGCUUUGCAUCUGCAGAACUAUAAGGCUUCGAAUGAGUCGGUGUGGCGACCCAGGUUCUUUGUCGCCGAUUUAAAGGACUGAUAGGCUCAGUGCCCGAGUAGUACAAAGCAAAUUGCGAUAUC